AACAGUGUCUUUAUUAUAUGGUUUGUCCACCAGAGAGCACUGGGAAGUUAAUUUUUCAAUUGUAAAAUGUCCCACUCAGUACAUAUCUUGGUCAAUACUGUAUUGUUAAAAAACAUAAUUUAAGGGAUCCUUAAUGGACAAAAAUGGUUGAUUAUGUUAUGUUUAUGAUAAAAAAAGAAAUGUAUGUCAUUAUCUUAAAAAAACAACAAAAACAACUCAAAUAUUGAUCUGCCUCAAACCAGUAUUCACUUUGUUUUAAUUUAGUCAGGCAAUAACGCGUACAGGGAUAAAUACUCUUUAGUAAAAAAUCUGUGUCAGGGAGAAAUGUUUAAUCAGUGAUUCAGAUCUUACACUACUUUAAACAGAAGCAGAUAACAGAUCUCAAAGGAAUCUCAGUUGAUUUUAGGAUUUAGGGUGGAUACAAAUUGUUGAAUGAGAGAUUCACUGACUUAUUCCAGUAUCAGUACAUUUCAGUGAAAGUGCUCCAUCCAUGGCAUGUAUAUGGCUCAGUGACUGCAUAGACAAGGUUUAGGAAAAAUAGCACACCAAAAACUCAACAGCUAAAAAUACAAAUAUUCAACAAAUAUGAAUAAAUGAUGUCUCCCACUACCAAACUGUAAAAUCUGUGAUAUUUCUUUUAAAAAAACACUGUUUGAUAAAAGGGGUCUUGGAGCUACAAUGCAAGAAAUCAAAGCAUUAUCAAGAACAACAUAAGCUGGUGACUCCAAUGAGCAGAACGUAUUUUUGUAUAAUACGUAUAUUAACAUUCCUGUUUAAAGAUCCAUGUGUCUUUAGGGAAUACUUUGCUGUUUGCUCACUUUGUAAUCUUCCAUGUAUCCAAAAGAGUAUUGUGAGAUGCUCCAACUCACUUAAUCAUCAUUCAAAACAAUCAUUAGAUGUUUGUUUUGAAUGCAAGAGACGUUUAAUCAGAGUAAACUACAACCUCAGUAUAGAUCAUAUUAAUCUCAUUAAUAGGGUAUUGCAAAAUGACUUUGUACGAAUCAGCUGGAAGAUUUAUCUCAAGAGAUCAAUGAGGAAAGUAUAUCUUCCAGUGCACACAGGUCAGACAUGCAGUCAUCGGUUUGCUGCUUUUGGAUGCAGCAUCAAACAGAGCUGCUGCUAAACAAUCCUGAAGAGAACGUCAGACUGGAGAGCUUUUAAACAGAUGCUGUCCUCCAACACGCAGCCUGUGGAGUUCAACUAUGUCUAAUCUCAGGACUGUUUUAAACAACUCUGUCAUCAUUCAUCCUCCAGGCUUUUAUAUCAUCGGAUUUGAGACAUUUCCCUUCAUCAGUGUCUACUUCAUCUUUCUAGCGUUUGUUUAUGUGGUUACAUUGCUGUUCAAUAGUUUGGUGAUCUAUGUAAUUGUCUUUAAUCGUUGUUUACACACUCCAAAGUUUUUGGCUGUUGUCAACCUCGCAGUAAUUGAUGUAAUCCUUAACUCAUGCACUAUUCCCAGCAUGAUGAAGAUAUUUCUCGUUAAGGACAAUUUCAUUCCAUUCAACUUAUGUUUGGUACAAAUGUUUGUCUACUAUGCUUUUGGGACUUUGGAGUCAUAUGCACUCGCUAUACUUGCCUAUGACCGGUUGAUCGCAAUAUAUUUCCCUCUGCGUCAGAACUCAAUCAACACACUGCGGAGCAUGUCUUGUAUUGUCGGCCUGACUUGGUGUUUUUCUCUGGGAAUCGUUGCGUUUGCAAUAGUUAUAAUGACGCGACUUUCUUUUUGCAAUUCUGUCAGAGUGCUCAGCUAUUUCUGUGACUAUGCACCUGUGUUUAGACUCGCCUGUAAUGAUUACACAUUGCAGUGGUCUGUGGCCUCUUUGCUUACUUUCUUGCUUCUUUUAGGACCCUUUAUUUUUAUUUUUCUGUCAUAUGUCAGCAUCCUGGUGACUGUGUUCAGGAUGAAAUCUUUAGACAGCCGGGUGAAAGCUCUUGCCACUUGUGUUGAGCAUAUCAUUCUUGUUGGUGUGUUUUACAUUCCUCUUAUUACCAUUUUUACUAUCGCGUUUUAUCUGCGUCUCACUGACCCGGACCAGUGUGCGCUGAGUCUGUCGCUGGCCUCUUGCCUCCCACCCUGCAUCAAUCCUAUUGUAUAUUCUUUGAAAACCAAAGAGAUCAGAAUCAGAGCAUUGGCACUGGUAAGAAAAAAUCAAAUCGGCACAAACCAACAUAAGAGCAAAUAUUGGAGAGUUUUUAAAAUGAAGGAAAAAUGUAGGCCCUAAAUGUUUGUGUAGAGGGUUAAAAACCCAAGAGGAGGGACUCUUUCUAAAUACCUGAUUUUGCAGAAAAAAGGUUUCAUUUUAAGCCAGAGCCCUGACUGGUCAGAAAAAAAGUAUCCUCUGCUUUUCUAUAGUUUUAAUCAUUUCCAAUAUUAUAAGGGCUUUCACAGUAGGCCAAACCUAAAAUAUCAACUAAUUUUUACUUUAUAGCUUCUUGUGUGUUUUGAAGAUUUCAUGCAUUAAAUGUCUGCACUUUUAAAGCAUGUGUGCUCUAUUUUCACAGAUUAAAUUCCUACCUCCUCAUAUUUAGAUGGCUGCAGCAAAGCAAUUUCAGCUGUAGUGCUUGAGAAACUAAUAAAACAACAUGUUUGCUUUUGUUGGGAAAAAGUAAAACAAUCUCUACUUUGAAAGAGAGAUCAUUUGGCCAGAGCCAGGUCCAGACUCUCAAGGACUGCUUGGUGACUUUCCACAAUACACCGAAAGAACAGCAGAUGCAGCCAACCUCCUCUGUGCAACUGAACACAACUCCACACAGUGCGUUGAGGACAUGCUUGACGUGUUCACGAUGAAAAGAUGGUUUCUUCUAUCAUUAUUCCAAAUUAUAUUUAACAAGUAUGAGCAGCUUCAUAAAACCCUGACUUGGAGUGUUAAGAGCAUGGGGCAGGGGCAAAUAAAAAUGUAGGUAUCAUUUUCUAAAAUUACAGACCUUGGAACAAUGUGAGUUUAAACUUGUCAUUUGCUUAAACUAAAAGUAAACAGAGGACAGUUGGCAAGUGGGAAGCAUAAAAACCACUGGCUUUUCUCUUGCCGCCCUUUUGACCGAAGGUGUUAAUGAAAUAACAUCUUCACAAAAACAAUGACUGUAUUCGGCCACCUCCCUCCCUCAUGUUUAAAACAGUAAAAUGUUUGUUUGUUAAAGUCAUUAACCACCACUUUCUGGUAAUGGCAUUACAAAUUGGACCCAUUAGAAUAAUUUUGUUUUGGCUUACUGUGGCCUGUUUAACAAUAAAUCCAUCCUCUGCGAACAAACACUAUGCAGUAAACAAGUGAUCAUAUUGCACUGCAUAUUCACUUUUUACCAGCCAAGUUCACACAAAUUCUUGUAAAUUCUUCAAGUUUUAAUAGAGUGCCUCAUGAAUGUGUUACAGAAAACAUUUAUAUUAUACUGUAUUUAUAUGAAUCUAAAGCAGGUACAUAAUUAUGCAAUACUGAGUUUCAUGCGACCUAAUAGUCAGUCUUUGCAACGUGAGGAAUCCUGGGAACAGUUAAAGCAGGUGUUACACUCUGUGCUCUGUGACUAAGCUCUGAUUUAUGCAGCACUUUGGAUGAACAGACAAGAAGAGACAAGAGCUGUUUGAGUGUCUCAAGCAAACUCAGGAAUCAAAGGCUUUUUUUAAAGUCAAUUAUUCAGAUAUAAGAAUAAGUUACACAAGUUGAGGUUACAGUUUGGGGCAUGGUGGUGGUGGGUUGUCUGUGUGUAGGGCUAGUGGAGGUUGAAGGUUGCACUCAGACAGAAACUAAAACUACAAGUGACCAUUCAACUCCAUUAUUACAGAGCGGUACAGAUCACAGGCACAAUCACAAAUACUAGUAGUUAGUAUACGAUAAUGUAAUUCUCUUAUACUUCUUGUAAAUUCAGACGUUCUUGUCAAACUUUGCCUACUGGCCUGCCUGAUUCAACUGUCACUGCAACAUCAACCCUGUUCAUAAUCUGGAAAUUAUUUUAACAGCUAUUUUUUUUUUUUAUUUCAGAAGAAUUGCUAUUCAAACAUUUGAUUACACAAUUUUUGGUCCUCGUGCCCCACUGAAGAUGGUUUGAGCAGACCAAUAUUACCAGAGAACUGUGCUCUUGUAAAGCAGUUUAUUUGUAUGUAUGCAAUAUUUUUUUCAAUAUGAUGUGUUCAAUAUUGCUGCACCACAUCAGUUUAGUUCUUUUGUUUGAGUAAUAAUGAAACAAUAUGUAUUUACUUGUGUUCAAAUAAAAAUAUGUCAUUUGAAAAGUA